AUGAAGCUCAACAGGUCGGUUUUUAAAUCCCGUAGAUCGCGUCUCUUUAACCGUCUUGGCAGUCCCGUACCACAAUCGCUGCCUAAAGAAUGCGCCAAGGCUGCCAGCAUAUUCAAAUCUUUUGUGGACAGUGGGAAUGAUGGGCUUGAUGGUGUCAUUCCUCGCCGUGUCCUUGAGAACGCCAAAGGCUUUGCCAUCUUCACCAUCUUCAAAGCCGGCUUUCUUUUCAGCGCACGAGCAGGCAGCGGGAUUGUCAUUGCAAGACUGGAUGACGGAACCUGGUCGUGUCCCAGUGCCAUAGGCACCGCUGGCGUCGGUUUUGGCGGUCAAGCAGGAGCUGAGAUGACCGACUUUCUCAUUGUUUUGAAUUCGCGAUCGGUAAAUAAUAUAACCUUCCUUAAAUCGUUUAUGGCAGCAGGAUCAUUAACUCUUGGUGGAAAUAUGAGUCUAGCUGUCGGUCCUCUGGGAAGGAAUGGUGAAGCCGUUGGUUCUUUGAACACAAGCGGAAAAGUUGCGGCCAUGUAUAGUUAUUCCAAAACGCGAGGCCUAUUUGGGGGCCUCUCCGUUGAAGGCUCCAUAAUCGUCGAACGGCAAGAUGCCAACGUGCAAGCAUACAAUAAUCCUAAUGUUACCGCCAAGCUUUUGCUCAGUGGUGCCAUAUCCCAACCUCCAUGGAUAGCUCCCUUGAUUCAGACCUUGGAAGCAUGUACGGGUCUUCCAGGCAACAGACAAUGGAUCGAAGACAGUGUACAAUCAUCUGCUUAUGCCUUCGGUGGAGUCGGCAGUACAGGAACGCAAACCCCGUCUUAUCUGAAGAAAAAGAAAACGGAUAAGCCUAUUUUUCCUCCUGAAUCUUGGGGUCAGGAGACGACCUCUGGGUCCUAUUUUACCGAGUCUGAUCCUCCAAGUAACCGAUACAACUCAAGCAACUUUGCUUCAACACCAAAUAGUACUCGGCAAAGGGGCGGCGAUACAUCGAUGACUACUAGUUUUCCCACCCACUUCGAUUCGGAUUUCAUGCCGGAGGACUCAAAGAGGCCGACUCACCGAAUUAGUCAGUCACUGCCAUACGCCACCAAAGCACAGGCCACGAACGAUUGGUUCGACUCUCUGGAUGAACCCAAGUACUCUGGAUUGCCUGGUGGCAUGUACCAUGCUAGAUCCAUGAGUUUAGCUUCACCAACAAACUCUAAGCCAUCUAGAACGUCGUAUGACUCGUCAGCGUCCAUCAUCAUAUCACCUAAACCUGAGCUGAGCAAACCCUUGUUGGAAGGAGUCGCUCGCGCUAUUGCUCUGUAUAAUUUUAAUGCAGUUGAGCCUGGGGAUCUAUCAUUUAACAAAGGCGAUGUAAUUGUCAUCCUGCAUAAGAGCAAUAGUUCAGAUGAUUGGUGGACAGGAAAGAUAGGUGAUCGGAAGGGUAUAUUCCCCGCCAACUUCGUCGAAGUUGUUUAA